AUGGAAUCGAGUCCUACAAUGUCAACAGGAAAACCAAACGGUAAACGUGUAGAAUAUGUCGAAACUUUUGAAAGAAAUUUUAUAACUCAAGCAAGAGCCAUUAAUGAAUUUUUAUUAAAACCUUCACAUCUUGAAAAUCUUACGAAGUACGUACGUCGAUCACCAUUCGAAUCAGAUUUUUCAAUAGUUGUUUUUAGAAGAAAAGAUGUGGAAUUAAAAGCAAUCGAAGUUUGGGGAAAUUUGGAAAAUUUAGAAAAAGAAAAAAAAACUCUUAUUAGUAAAAAGCAAGUAGUGCUUCAAGAUAAUUAUGAAUUGAGAAAAACAUUAAGAGAUGCAAGGAGGAAUAAAAGUGGAGAAAAACAAAAUGAAAGAUUAAAAAAAAAAAAAAAUAAUGAAGUUUGUAUGGUUAUAAUGGCAUUUUCAAUCGAUUUAUUAAAUCUAACUUUCAAACUUAUUUUAUUCCUGUUUAUUCAUUCGGAUUCAAUAUUGGCUGAGACAAUUCAUUCUGCUGCCGAUUGCCUUAAUCAAGGCAUUUUAUUUAUUGGCCUUUCACAAAGAAAACAAAAAGCAACGAUGAAUCAUCCCUAUGGAUAUUCCAAUUUGAUGUAUGUUGUCUCUCUGAUAUCUGGCGUUGGAAUAUUUUGUUUAGGAGCUGCCGUUUCUAUUUACAGCGGUAUACUAACAUUAAUUAAAGAAAAUGAAUUACUAAAUUUCAGAGAAAUUUUUUGGGCGUUUCUAGUAUUGUUAUUUAGUGCUACUACGGAGGGAAUAUGUUUCAUAUGUUCGGUCGUUGCCACGUAUCGAGAUGCUAAGAGUAACAAUUAUGAUUUUUUUUAUUACGUAUUUAAGGGUGUCGAACCCGGUCUUACAUUAAUUUUAAUGGAAGAUUUAAUAGCAACCAUAGGAAACAUAAUUGCGGGUGUCAUGCUUUAUAUAACCUGGACGUCACUUAAUUCCGUUCCAGACGCCUUAGGAUCAAUUGUAAUUGGUAUACUAUUAGGGGUUGUUGCUAUAUUUUUAAUAAUUACAAAUUCUGCUGCACUAGUCGGACGUUCAAUAAAAGCAGAAAAAUUACAAGAUAUAAAUAACGUCAUCGAAUCCGACAUCAUGGUGAGAGGAGUUUACGACGUUAAGGGUAUAGAUUUAGGAAAUAGUUUGGUUCGUUAUAAAGCUGAAAUUGAUUUUGAUGGAGCCGAACUUACUAGAUUAUAUUUAGAUCGUAUUAAUUUAAAUAAAUUGUUGGAAGAUGUGGGAAAAAUUAAAAAUAUUGAUGAUUUAGAAACGUUUAUGGUGACGCACGGAGAAGGGAUUGUUGAUUUAUUGGGAGGAGAAAUUGAUAGAAUUGAAUUUAAUAUAAGGAACAUUUUCCCAGAAGUUAGACACGUGGAUUUGGAAAUACUUUGA